GUGUACCCUGUACGUACGCCUACAGUCCAGGUCAAAAACAUUAUUGUUUAAACCGGCAGGGUAUAUAUGGGCAGGGAAGCGUGCAGUCAGCUCCAAAGGACAACACAGCAGCUGCAAAGAUUUCAUCUGUCAGCCAUGAGGGUCAUCAGCAUUGGUCCAGACCCAUCUCUGGCAUAUCGGCCAAAUUUGGAGAAGAAUGAACACAAAGAGAAGGAAGAAUACAGAAACUUUGAGACUGGAAGCCUUAUUGACCGUGUCUUCAGCACAUAUAAGUUGAUGCACACCAACCAAACCCUGGACUUUGUAAAGCAUAAGCACUCUGAAUGGACCAGCUGCAACCACGCUCAGAUGGGGAUGAUGGAUGCCAUCAUGUCUCUGGACCAGCUGGUGGACGAGUCUGAUCCUGAUGUGGACUUCCCCAACUCCUUCCACGCCUUCCAGACUGCUGAGGGCAUCCGCCAAGCACACCCAGACAAAGACUGGUUCCAGUUGGUGGGUCUGAUUCAUGAUGUUGGGAAGAUUAUGGCUCUUUGGGAUGAACCCCAGUGGGCUGUAGUGGGCGACACCUUCCCUGUGGGAUGCAAACAUCAAAACUCAAUCGUGUUCAGAGACAACACCUUCCUGGAUAAUCCAGAUGACAAAAACCCCAGCUACAAUACAGAAUAUGGGAUCUAUGAACCUAACUGUGGACUCAACAAUGUCCUCAUGUCCUGGGGCCAUGAUGAGUAUCUCUACAGAGUUAUGAAGUUCAACAACUGCUCGAUCCCAGAGGAGGGGUUGUACAUGAUUCGCUUCCAUUCGUUCUACCCCUGGCACUCCCAUGGAGACUACAUGCACCUGUGCAAUGACAAAGACCUGCGUACGCGGCCCUGGGUCCAAGAGUUCAAUAAAUUCGACCUGUACACAAAGACCACUGAUCUUCCCGAUGUCGACAAGCUGAAGCCCUACUACCAGUCUCUGAUCGACAAGUACUGUCCUGGAAUACUGAAGUGGUGAAAUGUGUAAUUCUGUAAUGAUUCGACAUACUGUUGAUUUAUACUAUAGCUGGACUUCCUGUACACACAUUCGUUAUCAAUGAAUAUAGUUCUAUCAAGUUUCAAACUACUCAGAAUAUAUCCUGAGUAACUGAAUAUUUUAUCUUGUGUAUACUGACAAGUUCUUGAAAUUACACAGGUGUAUAUAUAUAUAUAUAUAUAUAACUCACCAUUAUUAUACAGUUUCAAAAAAAAUUUACAGAAAAGCAUUUUUAUUUUAUUGGAUUUUAAUCUUAUAAAAACAUUUUUAAAGUACUAUAAUGUUUUCAUUUUUGAAACAAAAGACACAUUUGUGGAAAAGAAAGUGCAGAGUUGUUUUAGUUCUUUACAUACAGCAAUAGAGGCAAGUGACCACAGUGAGAGAGACACACACACACACACACACACACACACACACACACACACACACACACACACACACACACACACACACACACACACACACACACACACACACACACACACACACAG